GUACUGUAUGCGGUGUUGAACCGUUGAUCUCGAUGUUUUCCCGUAUUCUCCUUAGCCUUCGACCUACGAUAUGAAAUUGAAUGCCCUUUUGCUAGGGGCUACUCUGGCUAGCGCUGCCCCUAGUCUUGACCUACGCGCUUUGCCGAAUGCUCCCGAUGAAUACGCCCCUGCAAACGUCUCUUGCCCUGCUGUGAAACCUACAGUCCGCACUGCAUCCAAGCUCUCCCAGAAUGAAACGGACUGGCUCGAGUCGCGCCGGAAGGAAGUUGUGUCGCCCCUGAAGAGUUUGCUCGGCCGCCUGAACCUGACCAACUUCGAUGCAUCAGCUUAUAUUGACCGAGUGUCAACGAACACUUCCAAUCUACCCAAUGUGGGAAUUGCCGUGUCCGGUGGUGGUUAUCGCGCCAUGCUUAACGGUGCUGGAGCCCUUAAAGCUUUUGACAGUCGGACCACGAAUUCGACCGCUUCUGGCCAACUUGGAGGCCUCCUACAGUCUGCCACUUACCUUUCAGCGCUAAGUGGAGGUGGAUGGCUGGUAGGAUCUGUCUUUAUCAACAACUUCACCACCAUCAGCGAUCUCCAGACGAGUGAGAAUACUUGGGACCUAAGAAACAACAUUUUAGAGGGCCCGGACGUGAAGCACUUCCAGUUCUUCAAAACUGUCGAUUACUGGUCCGAAUUAGUGGACACAGUAAAAACUAAGAAAGAGGCGGGCUUUAACACAUCUCUUACAGACUAUUGGGGCCGCGCACUCUCUUAUCAGUUUAUCAAUGCCAGCAACGGGGGCCCUGACUACACCUGGUCAUCGAUCGCUUUGAUGGAGAAUUUCCAACGAGGCCAGACACCCCUGCCCAUCCUGGUCGCGGACGGACGAAACCCCGGCGAGUUAGUUGUUGGUAGUAAUUCUACUGUGUAUGAGUUCAAUCCCUGGGAAUUUGGUACCUUCGACCCUGCCAUCUAUAGCUUCGCGCCAUUAGAAUAUCUGGGUUCCGACUUUAAAGGUGGUCAGAUUUCCAGCAACGGGUCAUGUGUUCGGGGCUUCGACAAUGCUGGCUAUAUCAUGGGUACCUCGUCUUCUCUGUUCAACCAAGGGUUAUUACGAUUGAAUGGCACAAAGAUUCCCAAGAUUUUCAAGUCGGCCAUCGCAAGCAUUCUCGAAGAUCUGGGCCAGGACAACAACGAUAUUGCCAACUACCCCAACCCAUUUUAUCAAUAUACCGAUACUACGCCAAAUAUCGCAAGUCGAACCCACUUGAGUGUCGUCGACGGGGGCGAAGACGGGCAAAACGUUCCAUUACACCCUUUGAUCCAGCCAGAGCGCAACGUCGACGUAAUCUUCGCCGUGGAUUCUACAUCUAAUAUCCACGGCUGGCCUUCUGGCAAGUCCUUAGUGCGCACCUAUGAAAGGAGCCUGAGCUCGACUGUCAGCAACGGAACCGCGUUUCCUGCAGUCCCCGAUCCCAACACCUUCAUCAAUUUAGGGCUGAACAAACGCCCGACCUUUUUCGGGUGCGAUAGUAAGAACCUGACUGGGCCAGCGCCGCUGAUUGUCUAUCUUCCAAAUGCUCCUUAUACAUACCUUUCUAAUACAUCCACCUUCGACCUGUCUUACAGCUACGAGGACCGUGAUGACAUGAUCACGAACGGUUAUAAUGUUGUCACCCAGGGAAAUGGCACGGAGGAUGCCAACUGGCCGUCAUGUGUGGGGUGUGCCAUUCUUUCGCGUUCCGCUGAACGGACUAAGACUACUCUGCCUGAAGUCUGCACUAAGUGCUUCAAGAAUUACUGCUGGGAUGGAACUAUAAACAGUACGGAGCCGGAGAACUACGAGCCGCAGCUUAUGAUCAAGACCAACCUGGCUCCCAGGGAAUUGCCUGUUUCCAUCGCUGCCAUAUUUCCCUUCGCUCUAGCACUGGCGAUGAUGCUUUAGACAUAAUGUUUAGUUUGUGUUGCAAACACACGAGCUAAGUUCCUUCGAUAUCGCAUAUAGCAUCACUUCUUUUCAAUCAUGGUCGCAAAGCCGGCAUUUAUAGACAUACAAGAGAUAAUCUGCAUAUAGUUUAGAUAAAUGAUAUAUUUUUAUGAAAGCUAUAUGGACUGAA